AUGGUAGGUAUUAUCGUUGGUGCUUUUGGCUACCCAUUCUACGUAUCUGAACUUUUCUAUUACGACCGCAAGGCCACUCUUACGUACCCAAUCGUUGGCGGGGCCGUACUUGGUCUCUGCGCAGGCCAGCUUUGGGCCGGUGUGAACUACAUCGCCAUUGCAUACGCUGAUGAGAACAAGGGUCGAUUCUAUGCGACACAAGCCGCCAUGAAAGCCGCAGAAACAUGA